AUGUCGAACCGCAGCAACAUGAGCGAGAUGGAGGAGGAGGAAGACGAAUUGUGGGAGUCGAACUACAGCAACUACAGCAUGGAGAAUGUGACAAUGAUGAAUAUGACGGGACAUAUGGAUAUGGGAAUGAACAUGUCCGAGACCAACAUGUCUGAGCCAAUCACGCCAAACAUGUCCGAGCCAAGCAUGACGGAGAUGAACAUGAGCAUGGCUGGGAUGAAUGCAACUGAUUCGAACAUGUCUGAAAUGCACCAGCCAGAGAUGAACGAGACUUCGAUGAACGAGUCAGAUGUGGGCGGAUAUGCUGCAGACAUGAACGACACGGACACGGAUGAGAACGACACCGAUGUGAACGAUUCAGAGAUGAACGAAACCGACAUGGCCGAAUGGGAAAACAGCUCCUACGGAAAUGGCUCCAACGACAGCCAGGUUUCGAGCUCGACGUCAGAGGGUGGAAACGAUGUCGUGGCUUCCGCAGAGAAGAGUCUUGGAUGCUCCGUGUUUGGCUGCCUCUGGACGCUGGGCGAGUGGUCGGAGUGUUCGACCGGUUGUGGCGAGGGCACACGGACGCGAUCCGUCUCUUGCCCAAGCGGCAACAUCGAGGACUGUCCCAAGCCGAUGCCCGAGACCGUGUCCCUCUGCUUCGCGACGCAGAACUGUAGCUGGGUUCUCAGUUCCUGGACGCAGUGCAACGCAACGUGUGGGGCUGGGGUCGAAGAGCUUCAGUGGACCUGUCCCACGGGCAGUGAAUCUGACUGUGGUGCAUUGCCAUCGACACACCGGAAUUGCUACGCCACAUCCGGCUGUAUGUGGCUGGCAUCGAACUGGACCACAUGCAGCAGCCAGUGCGGCUACGGCACGCGAGAGAGAACAGUGACGUGCUCCGGCUCGUCCGAGGAAGACUGUGGUCGAGCACGACCCGAUGCGACGGAGGUCUGCCACGAGACUGCGGCGUGCAGCUGGGUGGAGGGAGAGUGGAGUUCCUGCUCUUCCAUGUGUGGCCAGGGUUUCCGUACCCGGAAUGUAUCCUGUUCUUCAGGUAUCCUUGCGGAUUGCGACUCCCUGCAGCCGGCGAUCCUGGAGUCGUGCUACAAUAUAUCCGGCUGUCAAUGGUCCGUCUCAUCGUGGUCAGCUUGCUCAAGUUCUUGUGGUACCGGCUAUGUCAACCGAACAGUCGCCUGCGAGAGUGGUGCAAAGGCGGAUUGCUCAGAGCCCGAGCCCACGAGCUCAGAGGCCUGCCAAGACUCCUCAGGCUGCGGAAACUGGACGGCUUCAGAUUGGUCGACGUGCAAUGUAUCUUGCGGCACAGGCUUUCAGGAGCGUACUGUGACUUGUGUUGCCGGCAUCUGCCCGGGUGAUGGCCCAGCUCAUGUGCAAAGCUGCGUGAAUACUACCGGAUGCUUUUGGCAACCUGGUGAGUGGAGCAACUGCAGCACAAGCUGUGGCAGUGGUGUUCGAAGCCGGACAUUGUAUUGCCCGACAGGAUCAGCCCAGGACUGCGGCGAAUCGCCCGCCAGCUACGAGGCUUGCCUCGACACCAGCGGAUGUGUGUGGCAGGUCGGCGACUGGUCUUCCUGCGACGGUGACGGAUGCGGUCAGCGUGUGCGGGCCGUUUACUGCCAAAGCGGCCAAGACGAGGACUGCCAGACGUCUCGACCCAGCAACAUCUCGACAUGCGACCUCGAGGUUUGCCUGGCACCAGCCGCGGAAUCAGCCAGCUUUGACGUUGUGCUUGAAGUCAACAACGAGACCAAUGCCAGCGCGCUGGCAGGUUCGCUGCAGCAGGCCGUGGCUGAUUCAUUGCAGGUGCCAGUUGAGGCAGUCUCGGUGGAGCCUGUUCUGAACGGCAGAAGGUUGGCGAGCUUGCAGACGCUUCAGUUCAUCGUUCAGGUCCGGGAUGUCUCUCGCGGCCUCGCCGAGUUCCUCUCCUCUGAGACGAGCUUGCAAGCGGUGGCCGUGGACGUCGCACAGGAGCUGACUGAGACCGGCAUUCCUGCAGGUGUGCAAUUGGUGGCACGAGAGCCUACGACAUCUGCAGCGCCUCCGUGGACGACGGCCCCACCACACAGCACCACCGAGCCUCCAACAACUACGUCCGCAGCUGCCGAGGUCACCAGCUCUGCCCAGAGCACCAGAGCUUCGACAUCCCAGGGGCCUGGUGCGAGCUCGAACCUCACCGGGAUGCCUGGGCUGAUCAAGGAAGACGAGGUUUCUCCGACUCUCACAGCUGGGUUGGAUAACCCUGAGGGAUCUCCCCUACUUGCUGUGGGACUUGGCGCAGUCGCUGUUCUGUUCCUGACUUUCGGGUACCUGCUCUGGCACGGCCGGCGCAGGCAGAAAAUCGUUCCGGAAGGAGCGAAGGGAGCUUGGACGGACGGGCGACGGUUUCAGUAUCCGUGGGACAGCAUGGCCGAUGGCUUGGCCCAGCUGAUCUGGUCUCCGCCGGAUGCAAGAGGGAAGAAGACAAAGCUCGAGGAGGAUCAAGCGGCACCUCCGACGCCAACAGACUUUUACCGCCGCUCCGUGGUGGGCCAGUCGCCCGACGCCGUGCAGUCGGCGGCGAAUUCGUUGUCGGGUUCGCUUGGCUCCGAAGCUGGGCAGGUUGUAGCUGCUGCGGCGUCACAGGUGCGAGCUACCUCCACUGUGACGGCUGCAGCAGCACAGAUGCGAGUGUGCGAGGUGCAGGCCAGUGGGGGCAGCGAAGAUGGCAGCACGAGGCCAUCGAGCGGCAACUCGCAGCCGAAGCCUCCCCAAAGCGCCGAGCAGUCAGCUCUUGCGCUGCCGUUGCCCCGGUCGCCGAUGCGCCGGAUGGACUGGCCGGAAGCGAAUCCGGCGGCUUCGAACACCGCGCUUCGCUCCACUGCCUCUCCGAGCAGGCACGACAGCGCGGCAAAGUGGGAGUUGAUGCCUCCAAGCACGACACCUCCCGCUGCAUCUCCUCCGAGAGCAAAGGUGGCGGCUGUUCGAGUUCUCCGGAAAGCUCCAGAUGCCUCAGCGAGAGCGCACAUGUCGCCACCAGCCUUGCCAACCCUGCCGCCCACCGCGGUGAGGAUAGCCAGCCGCAAGGGCGGCUCCUCAGCUCAG